UUCACUAUUUCUUAGACACUAUAGAGACUAGAGUACAGACAAUACCUCUCUAUAAAUAAAUACCUUGUUCCCUUUGCACUACACUCAUAAACCUCAACUACAAACUCUCUCUCUCUCUCUCUUUUUUCUCUUUUCCUGUUUCUUUGAAGCAACAUGGGUAAUUGCUAUGCUCUUUGUAAACCCAGUACAGAUGUUACAACAAAGCAUGGGAAAGUUCUAAAGAUUGUGAAGAUGGAUGGAAAGAUUUUACAGUUCAGUUCACCAAUUCUUGUUAAGGAUAUGUUGGUGAAUUUUUCAAGCUCAGGUAUUGGUUUAUCCAAGGAAGCUUCAGAGCAUCUCCCACCUAAUUAUGAAUUGAAGUUAGGCAAAGUUUACUACUUGCUUCCUUGUUUGAGUUCUGUUGGUACUACUAGUCCUGCAGAAAAUAUGUCCUCUUUAGCUGAAAAAGAAAAAGACCAUGGUGUAAGGAGGAUUAAGAUUGUUAUAACAAAGAAGCAGCUGCAAGAGCUAUUGGCAAAGCAAGCAUCAGUGGAAGAUGUUCUGUCGGGGCUCGAGAGAAAAACGUGUAAUAAUGCUUUUGAUUCUAGGACGAGUUGGAAGCCAAAGCUUGAAUCCAUCUCCGAGGGAAGCGAGUAAUUUUGCUGUAGUGAUUAGAUGAUCCUAGUAAUUUUGGUUGAAUAUGUUUUUUUAUGUUGAAACUCUUGUAUAAAAAAUAGGCAUAGUUGUAUUGAUAUCUCUGAAGUUGUUGUGUUAGGUUCAUGUUUAGUAAUCAGCAAGGGACGAGUUGAUAAUUAACAACUUCUCCUA